AGUAGAAAUAUUGUUUUGGAGUUACACCCCCUUUCGGUUUGGCUCGGGUGUUACUGAAAUAUUAAUGAAACAAGGCUUUGGAAACCCUUUGCAUUAACUUCCAUAUUACAUAAAUCCUUGGUCACAUGACGUCUUUCCAAUGACAGUAACAGCUGAGUAACGAACUAACAUCAACAGGAUCAAAGGACUGUCUGAAAUGGACGUGAGCUUGGCGUCAGAUCAGGACAAUUUCAAGAGUGCCACAGAGAGUAGCGAGGAGGAGGACACGGUUGAUGCCAAUGAGCGACUCCUGACGGCUUCCAGGAAUGGCCAAGUAGAAGUGGUCAGGGAUUUGAUCAGCAGAUCCAAACUUGGAGAGAUAAGCCUGGAUGUUAAUUGUAAAGGCAAUCAGAAGUUUAACAGGGGUUGGACAUCUCUUCAUCUGGCUGCCUACUUUGGACAUAAGAAUGUGGUGAAAAUUUUAUUGGAGAAUGGUGCUGGGAUUGAUGUUACAAACCCCAAUGGAGACACAGCUCUUCACAAGGCAGCUUACACUGGCAGACUGGAUGUUGUGCGGGUGCUUCUGGACUCUGGUGCUGAUGUUACACUGAUAAACUCAGAAGGACAAACUCCCAGACUUUUUGCCAAAACAAGAGAAAUCAGUGAACUUAUUCUGGCUGCAGAGGACCAUGACAACAAAAAGAGAGAACAGAUCUUCCUGUCCUCAGUCAGAGAAGGAAAACUGGACCUAAUUCAGGAUAUGUUACAAAAACAAGAGAAGAGACCCAAUCUGGGCUGUAGAGAUGCAUAUGGAAAUUCUGCUCUCCAUAUUGCUGCCCAGGCUAAUCAAAAGGAGAUUGCAGUGUUAUUGAUUCAAAGUGGGCUAGCUGCAGACCUCAAAAAUGAAAAAGAUAAAACUCCUAUUGAUUUUGCUCGCAAUAAUGAAAUGAAACAGAUUCUAGGAGUGAGACCAAUAAAAGAAUUCAGUCUUCACCCCCACAGGUGUGAGGGGGUUCUCUUUAAGAAAUCAAGAUUUCUUGGAUUCAGGCCAGUCUUUGUGGUUUUGGAAAGAGGAGUACUGUCUUACUUCAGGAGCAGAGGGGAUGCCAGCACAGGGACCAGAAGAAAAGGAAUGAGAUACUUGGAUGGAACUAUAAUACUGUUGCCAAAGAAGUCAGAAAACAACAAUUGUGAGUUCAUCCUGAAGUAUUCUGAUGGUAUCCAACACACGUUUAGCACAGGGGAGGGAGAACAAGAAAUUGCACGACAGAAAUGGUUAAAUGCAUUGAAGGAUCACAUAAAUUACAGCUCCCAUUACACCCACCAGGGUGUGACCCAGUCGGAUGAGGAGGAGGAGAUUUUGUCCCUGGGGUCACUACAAGACACACUUAAAACUGCCCAGGCACAGCAGAAACUUCUGGAAAAAGAGAUGAUGGAGCUGACCAGUGCGGUGACUAACCCAGGAGGCUCGACAGUGGCGUUACAACAGAUACAGAAGAUUUCUCAGAUGGCUGGAGAGAUGAACAUCACUUUUAGCCAGUGUCUGACUCUAUUUCAACAACAGGAGGAGGUUAGAGCCCUCCAGUUGAAGGAGGAAAUGGAGAAAUCUCGUGUUCUUCAGGAGGCCCUUCAUGCUUUGGCCACAGAACAUCACGAACUAGAGCAAUCUAUAGCUGUGAGAAAACCAUCCACACAACGAUACUACGAUACAGACGAGGAUGAGUUCUAUGACUGUGAUGAG